AUAAGGACUCAAUUAUCGUCUAGCUAUUGAGUAGUGAAGGUCUAAAGUUCUAUAUUAAAAUAAAUUGGUUUUAAAUUUAUAUUUUCCAAAAUAAAACAUGAAUCAAGUCGGCAGAAUCGGCGUAUUGGGGGGCGGAAAAAUGGCUCUUGCAAUGGUGAAAGGUUUUCUCUCAGCUGGUCUUACAAAGCCCGAGCGUAUAAUUGCCAGUGUACAUCCAGAUGAUAAACAAAGUUUCAUGCAAUUUGAGCAAAUAGGCAUUGAGACGGUGGUAAAAAACGAACCGGUUGUAGAGAAAUCGGAUACAGUACUCAUAUCAGUUAAACCACAUGUGGUGCCUAUUAUAUUAYCCGAAAUCAGACCAUUGAGCAACAACAAGUUGUUUAUCUCAAUAGCUAUGGGCAUCACUUUACAGAUGUUAGAAGAGCAAUUAUCCUCAAAUGCGCGAAUCAUACGUGCGAUGCCUAAUACGCCGGCAUUGGUGAAGGCGGGAUGUUCGGUAUAUGCACGUGGUACAAAAGCAAGCCAAAAGGAUGGCGAGUUAACAGUUUCACUUUUGGAAGCGAUUGGCACAUGUGAGGAAGUGCCGGAAAUUUGGUUUGAUCCCAUUACAGCGCUGAGCGGGAGUGGACCAGCUUAUGUAUUCGUUAUGAUGGAGGCACUAGCGGAUGGUGGCGUUCGGAUGGGUUUGCCGCGUGAUUUGGCAUAUCGACUUGCCGCGCAAACCGUUUUGGGGUCAGGACAAUUGGUACGCGAUACAAAGGAACAUCCGGGUGUGUUGAAGGAUAAUGUAACUAGCCCAGCGGGUUCAACUGCGGCGGCGCUUAAAGUUUUAGAAACUAAAGGGUUUCGUGGAACAGUUGCCAAUGCAGUAGAAGCUGCAACCUUAAGAUGCCGGGAAAUAUCAGGCAAUUAAUUUCACUCUAUUAAUUUUAGUAAAAAACA